CUUUGCUACAUACAGUCCAGCUCUUUGACCCUCGGGUUUAUGAUUAUCAAACAUUCAGGAGCCAAUGAGGCAGCCUCAUUGGGAGAGACGGCACAGGGACAGAACACAAACUUCUCCCCCUCCACGUGAUCGGUAGGUUUCUGACUCUGAAUAUUGGUCAGCCUCACACUAGCAGGACUCACUGGUGUACUUUCUACGGGUGAGAGAGCCCUGGACAGUAUUUCCUGGAUGCCAGUGAGCAGCUGAGAGCUGAAGCUCCCUGGACACUCAAGGCUCUUGUGGUGACAGGUGAGGGGACAUGGGUGGAAGGACAGGGCUCUGAGCCUGCACCUUCCUUGGGAUCUGGAGGUUGGGCUGUUUUUUGUGCUUGGCUUUUAUGCCCUCUCAGCAACCUAAAUAUUUGUUAUCAAGGUGGAAGAAGUCUUUGCUGAAACUUGUGCAUGGACACAAGAUUUCUGUACUGUAUGGUGCCUGGAGAAGGACCAAAGGGUUGAAUAUGUGGCCUGCCUGCAGCAGUUGCCCUCUCAACUGCAGCAGUUGCACCAAGAAGCUGAGAGAUCCAGAAAAAGGGAACAGAGGGAAGAGUGGCCUCCCAUAAAGGUGUGCAGGGAGUCUAGCUCUCUCUUCUGGACUUUGAGAUUUCAGACACAGAAGUUUGUCCAUGGCUCCUUAUCACAUCCGCAAAUACCAGGAAAGCGACCGCAAGUGGGUCAUGGACUUGCUCUCUCGGGGGAUGGUAGAGCACGUCCCAGCCACCUUCCGGCAAUUGCUGAAGCUGCCUCGAACCCUCAUAAUCUUACUUGGGGGGCCCCUCGCCCUACUCCUAGUCUCUGGCUCUUGGCUCUUGGCCCUCGUGUUCAGCCUCAGCCUCUUCCCUGCCCUGUGGUUCCUUGCCAGAAAACCCUGGAACAUGUUUGUAGACAUGACACUGCACACAGAUAUGUCUGAUAUCACCAAAUCCUACCUGAGUGAGAGUGGCUCCUGCUUCUGGGUGGCUGAGUCUGAAGAGAAGGUGGUGGGCAUGGUGGGAGCUCUGCCUGUUGACGAUCCCACCUUGAGGGAGAAGCGGUUGCAGCUGUUUCACCUCUCUGUGGACACUGAGCACCGUCGUCAGGGGAUAGCAAAAGCCCUGGUCAGGACUGUACUCCAGUUUGCCCGGGACCAGGGCUACAGUGAAGUUGUCCUGGAUACUGCCAGCAUACAGCUCUCUGCCAUAGCCCUCUACGAGAGCAUGGGCUUCCAGAGGACGGGCCAGUUCUUCUUCUGCAUUUGGGCCAGGCUACUGGCUCUUCAUUCAGUUAGUUUCAUCUACCGCCUCCCUACUGCUCAGGCAGGGGGUCUGUGAUCUCUUUCUUUGUGUAUUGGUCAGAAUAUAAUCAAUUCAGCUGUAGCAGCAUGCAAUCCCCAACCUUUCACUGCAAUUACACAAUAAAAGCUUAUUGUCCAUUC